AUGGUAAUACAGGUAAACUCCAUCACGGACCCACGAGAGGACGGCCCCUCGACAACCAACCGCGAACCACCGUUCCGCCAAUUCAUUGGCGAUCUACAACAAAGAGGUACCUACGGGAAACUCUACCUGCCCGUAACACUCGAAGACCAUUGGGAACACGAGGCGCUCGUGGACACAGCUGCCGAUAUCAGCCUGAUUGGCGAAAACCUCUUCGGUAAGUUACAGUCUAUGGCCAGUAAAUCCCACAGACACCUAAAAACGCAGCCAUGCGACUUAGAAAUACACCCCUAUUCCCAGGUGGAUACGACCAUACGUAAAAUGGCCCUAAUGCGACUGACCGUGGGCCCCAUGACACUGGUCCACCCGGUCUACAUCUCCCCAUUCAACACGCAUCCGCUCCUAUUGGGCCAGGACCUUCUAAAUCGAUUUAAGCCCCUAAUAGACUACCAACAUCUAAAGAUCUGGACACAGGUCCGGGAGCCCUUGCCCAUUCCGCGCCCGUUGGGCGAAAACCACCGCUACUCCGUAAACGCGCCGCCCGCGAACGGCCCACAACCCGCCGCAGCACAAACCGAUCAGGGGACGCCCACAACCUGCGCGAACGCCACGCGCACGGCCCCCGACCUCGACAGGACCUUCUAA